UCAUCAUUCAUUCAUCGCGUAGCAGUGAGCGAAAACGGUGGGAAGUGUGUUGUGUUGCUGUUGCUGCUGCUGAAAGAAGCAUAAACAAAAAGUGCAUUAUUUUGAAAGCGGUCUCUAGUUUAGUGGGUUUACUAGCGUGUUGUGAUUCCCUAAAGAAACAGUUCGAAAAAUGCAGUCGCAUAGCAAGAAACGGGUUUGCUAUUACUACGACAGUGACAUCGGCAACUACUACUAUGGCCAGGGACAUCCGAUGAAGCCGCACCGCAUACGUAUGACGCACAACCUGCUGCUCAAUUAUGGUCUCUACCGGAAGAUGGAAAUCUAUAGACCACACAAAGCCACUGCCGACGAAAUGACGAAGUUCCACUCAGAUGACUACAUUCGGUUCCUGCGUUCGAUCCGUCCUGACAACAUGUCCGAGUACAACAAGCAGAUGCAGAGAUUUAACGUCGGCGAGGAUUGCCCGGUGUUUGACGGACUGUACGAAUUCUGCCAGCUGUCGGCCGGUGGAUCGGUGGCAGCUGCCGUGAAGCUCAAUAAACAGGCAUCGGAAAUUUGCAUCAACUGGGGCGGUGGAUUGCAUCACGCGAAAAAAUCCGAAGCUUCCGGAUUCUGCUACGUGAACGACAUCGUGUUAGGUAUUUUGGAACUUCUAAAAUACCACCAGCGGGUGCUGUACAUCGAUAUCGAUGUGCAUCAUGGGGACGGCGUGGAGGAGGCGUUCUACACCACGGACCGCGUGAUGACGGUGAGCUUCCACAAAUACGGAGAGUACUUCCCAGGAACGGGUGACCUGAGGGACAUCGGAGCCGGACGGGGCAAGUACUACGCCGUGAAUAUUCCUUUGAGGGACGGAAUGGACGACGAGUCGUACGAAUCGAUCUUUGUGCCGAUCAUUUCGAAGGUUAUGGAAACCUUCCAACCUUCGGCGGUGGUGCUCCAGUGUGGUGCCGAUUCCCUCACCGGUGAUCGUCUCGGCUGUUUCAACCUUACAGUCAAGGGCCACGGCAAAUGUGUAGAAUUUGUUAAAAAAUACAAUCUUCCUUUCCUGAUGGUGGGCGGCGGUGGCUAUACCAUCCGCAACGUGUCCCGCUGCUGGACCUACGAAACUUCCGUCGCACUCGGUUCCGAGAUUGCGAAUGAACUGCCGUACAACGACUACUUCGAGUACUUUGGACCGGACUUCAAACUGCACAUUAGCCCCAGUAAUAUGAGCAACCAGAACACGACAGAAUACCUGGAGAAGAUCAAGAAUCGGUUGUUCGAAAACUUGCGCAUGUUGCCACACGCGCCGGGCGUGCAGGUGCAAGCCAUCCCGGAGGAUGCUGUGAACGAGGAAAGCGACGAUGAAGAUAAAGUCGACAAGGACGAGCGGUUGCCCCAGGCGGACAAGGACAAACGGAUAGUACCGGAUAAUGAAUUCUCCGACUCGGAAGACGAGGGCGAGGGCGGUCGAAGGGACAACCGAUCGUACAAAGCUGGUGCCCGAAAACGGCCGCGGCUUGACAAGGACGCCAAGUCGGAAGACAUGAAGGACGAUGCUGAAGUGAAAGCCGAAACAACGGGUGAUAAAGAGGAGGUCAAAGCCGGUGGUGAGGAAUCGUCAAAGAAGGAAACGACCGCCGUUGCAUGAUCGGCGCUGGCCGCGUACCGGAAAUAGCCCGCCACUAGCAUAAUGAAACAGUGAUUUUUCCGCGCGCCGCCAGAACACAAUGAAUGGCAUGAGACACAAAACUAACACAGCCACGCAUAACAGAAAACGGAAGCAUCCACACAAGCGUACACAUUCGAGACGACAGUAGGCUCGACCCUGUUCUGAUGUUAGUCUGUAAGGGCAAGUUUAUGUUCAUCACUUCUUAGACAAAGCGAUAGUUUUUAAUCUAUUCUGUUUUUUAACGACUGUGACGAAAAUAAGAUGGACUCUUAUUGAUUUAAACGUUUCUAUCACUUCUGCAACUAUAUUUAAAAAUGUAAGAAAACAAAUAAAGUGGCAGAAAACAAACAGAGCGAUGUCAGGUCAAAUCAAUCAUUUGUGGCAAUUUGUUCAGUUUUUGUGUGUCCUCUUAUUACUGACAUCAAGUUUUUUUUAUCAUUUUUUUAAAAUAAUAAAUUGUUCUUUGAACAAAUUUAUUGUUAAAUAUUUCUCCAAAAUGGAUCUUUUUAUUUGUAACAAUUCACCUUAUUGUCGAAAAAUUAACAAAAAAAUUAUUUAACUCUUUUUUUAGUGGAAUGUUUUCACUGUCAUAAGAUGAGUGUAGCACAAUUCCAUUUAAUUCCACCACCUCGAAAUACUUAUACAUAUACGUAUUUCGACCUCAACUGUAAGGUCGUCAUCAGUGUCUCGUACUUGACUCGAAUAGUCGUCAAGGCAUGUUGUUCAUUCCAAUAAUGUUGAAAAUAUUUAAAAUUGACGAUCCUAUUACGCUAAUUACUUGGCCGUACCGAGUUUCUUGGUUUGCAAUACAUGAUUAACAUCUGUCACCCACAUACCGUGGGCAUCAUUAGGUUUCUAAUGAUGUUCCUAUAUACAAUUUUCAAUUAGUUGGAAUGCUACUGCGUAAAAAGGCUGUAGCAAGUAUGCUUCACAAGUGGUUCCUUUUUUUUAGCAAGAAUCUGUAGGUAUUUUAUUCGUUGAUUUGAUCUGUAUUGACUCUGGAAGCAAAGUAUAAAAAAAAAUCCGACGUUCCUGUCACCGUGUUCGAACGAAGGAAAAUUAUUAGCCGGUAUUAUAGUUAGGAUUCAAAUUUGCCUAAAACCAAUAAUUGGACUUGUUUUCUCCGUAUUAAAGCUACAAUUUCAGCGUAUUUAAACCCCUGCCUGGUCAAUCUACAUUUAGACACAAACUAACAGAUCACAGCCGGAAAUAGCAAAAUAUAUAAAUCAGAUACAAAUUGCAGAACACAAACCAUGAUACAAAUUAACAUGAUCUCAGGAACGUAACCCACACGUUUUGAACACAAUAACACAUCUUUUGUUUUUCCUCAAUUCAUCCUUUGCUUUGAUAAAUUUCAUCUUAGCUGUUAAGUACAAUCCAGAGAAAGAGAGAUUAAUAUUUAUUCAAUUCACUCAUUUCCAUCCAUAUCCCAUACAAAGAAACUGUGUAAGAUCUUCUUAGUUAGGUCGUCGAAAAAAUUUGCUAUUCACAGAAUGGCUAAAAUAUGUUAAGUUAAAAGAAUAUUAUUCGCACCACUUGAAAAAUAAAAUUAAAACUAAACCGAGGCGCAAGCAAAAUGAUAAAUAUAUAAAUUAAUGAAAUUAGCACUGAACUUAUUAAAUGUAGAGAUAGACAUACAUGAUAGGCUACUACUACAAGUGGAUAAGAAAUAUUUUAUUUCCCAAUCGAUGUAAGAAGAACGAUGAUUAUGAGAUGAGAGCUGAAUAAAUGCUUACAAGAUUAGACAGGUCUUGAGGCAUAAAACAGA